GCAAAAAGAAAAUAAAAAAAAAAUCGCAACAAAAAGCAAACAAAAAAAAUGGGUGCAAAAUGGAAUUCAAUGAUUGUUAUAAUGUUUGUGGUGACAAUGGUAAUGGCAAUGAAUACAGUCAAAGCAAGGACAUUGAGUGAAUGCCGGGACAAUUGCGCUCAAAGUUGUGCAUUCACCGGCGCACCUGCGUACAAAUGCCUCCAGAGUUGUUACCAACGAUGCCACGGGUUACCACCUUACAGAAUAGUGGAAGCGCAUAUAUAGAAGAAAUCAGCAUUGGACUCUCGGGGCUUUAAAAUUACUUCUACUUAUGGCAUCAAUUGUAACACAGUUACUUGAAAGUUAAGGAUGCAAAUGGUUAAAG